GAUAUGGCGGUCAACAGGAUAAAGGGCGCUUUCGCCGUACCGCGGAAAGGAGAGACAUUCGAAUUGAGGGCAGGCCUCGUAUCUCAAUAUGCCUACGAACGGAAAGAAGCUAUCCAGAAAACUAUCAUGUCCAUGACGUUGGGCAAAGAUGUGUCUGCGCUAUUCCCCGAUGUGCUGAAGAACAUUGCGACGGCGGAUCUGGAUCAGAAGAAGCUGGUUUAUUUGUACCUCAUGAACUACGCCAAAUCACAUCCCGAUCUCUGUAUUCUCGCCGUAAACACCUUCGUUCAGGAUUCCGAAGAUCCCAAUCCCCUCGUACGUGCUCUCGCUAUACGGACAAUGGGUUGCAUUCGAGUAGACAAAAUGGUAGACUAUAUGGAAGAGCCGCUGAGAAAGACUUUGCGAGACGAAUCACCAUACGUGCGCAAGACCGCAGCCUUAUGCGUGGCGAAACUUUUCGACCUCAACCCUUCAAUGUGCAUAGAGAAUGGUUUCAUCGAGCAACUACAAGAGAUGGUCGGUGACCCCAACCCGAUGGUGGUCGCCAAUUCUGUCACCGCUUUGGUCGAAAUCCAGGAAGCGAGCACAGAAGGAGAAGUCUUCGUCAUUAGUGCGGCUACGUUGAAGAAGAUGUUGAUGGCUCUCAACGAGUGUACAGAGUGGGGUCGAGUGAGCAUCUUGACCACAUUGGCCGACUACAAGGCGUUGGAUGUUAAAGAAUCGGAACACAUAUGCGAGAGGGUCUCUCCGCAAUUCCAGCAUGUUAAUCCGAGUGUAGUUCUGGCUGCCGUCAAAGUUGUGUUCCUUCACAUGCGCUACGUCUCUCCGGAACUCAUGAAAUCCUAUCUGAAAAAGAUGGCUCCGCCUCUCGUCACCCUUGUAUCGUCCCAACCCGAAGUCCAGUACGUUGCGCUCAAGAAUAUCGAUCUACUUUUGCAAAAGCAGCCGGAUAUUCUCACCAAAGAAAUGAGAGUUUUCUUCUGUAAAUAUAACGACCCUCCUUACUUGAAACUGCAAAAACUCGAAAUCAUGGUACGGAUAGCAGGAGAUAAGAACGUGGACCAGCUUUUGGCCGAGCUCAAAGAGUAUGCGUUGGAGGUCGACAUGGAUUUUGUUCGCCGAGCUGUCAAAGCUAUUGGUCAGGUGGCGAUCAAGAUCGAGAGUGCCAGCGAGAAGUGCGUUAAUACGUUGUUGGAUUUGAUCAACACGAAAGUCAACUACGUUGUUCAAGAAGCAAUCGUGGUCAUCAAGGAUAUUUUCCGAAAAUACCCAGGUUACGAAGGCAUAAUACCGACAUUGUGCCAGUGUAUUGACGAGUUGGAUGAGCCCAAUGCCCGAGCAUCCCUUAUCUGGAUAGUUGGAGAAUAUGCCGAGAAGAUUGACAACGCUGGAGAGAUUUUAACUGGCUUUGUCGAUACAUUUGGCGAAGAAUUUUCUCAGGUUCAACUGCAAAUUCUUACAGCUGUGGUGAAACUAUUUUUGAAGAAACCGGACCAAUCGCAGGGAUUGGUUCAGAAGGUUCUGCAAGCAGCUACUGCGGAGAACGACAACCCCGACAUUCGAGACCGCGCAUACGUAUACUGGAGACUUCUGUCAAGUGAUCCACAGGUCACCAAGUCCAUUGUGCUAUCCGACAAGCCCGCCAUCACUACAACGAUCCAAUCGCUUCCCACACAGUUGUUGGAUCAAUUACUCACGGAACUUUCUACGCUGGCUUCAGUAUAUCAUAAACCCCCAGAGGCAUUCCUUGGACAAGGGCGUUUCGGUGCCGAGGCGAUGCAAAAGGCAGCCAUCGAGGAACAAAGAGAGGAAGCUCGAGAAAAUCCAAUCGCUGCGGAUGCGGUUGCUGCUGCGGCGGCCGGUCAGGCACCACCACAAUCCAACGUGGAGAACUUGUUGGAUAUCGAUUUCGAUGGAUCCGCACCGGCAUCAUUACAGAAGGAAAUUACCCCUGGACAGUCUGGAUUAGAAGGCCUGGCAGGCACACCUCAGCGCGUGGCUUCGCCCGCGAGCGGAAAUGCAGCACCAACUUCCAAUAUGGAUGACUUGAUGGGGUUGUUCGGAAACACAGGCACCGCCAACAACGCACCUAGUGCAGCGCCUAUGAGCAACGACGAUAUCAUGAACGGAUUUGCAGGAAUGGACCUGUCCGGGAGCAGCCAACCGCCACCUGCUACGCAGCAACUGGCUGAACAAAAGGCGCCGAAGAGCAACCAGGAUCUGUUGGACUUGUUCUAG